CAUUUUCUUGAUCUAAUGGCAUCAAUUGUACCAAAUGGACAUGCUAAUGGAAAAGUUGUAGCCAUGGAUUUAUGCAAGAAAUCAAUUAUUGUUAAUGAUCCAUUGAAUUGGGAAAUGGCUGCUGAAUCAUUAAGAGGGAGUCAUUUGGAUGAAGUGAAAAAGAUGGUGGAUGAAUUUAGAAAGCCAAUUGUGAAACUUGGGGGUGAAACUUUGACAAUUGCACAAGUUGCAUCCAUUGCAAAUGUUGAUAACAAAAGUAAUGGGGUUAAAGUAGAACUUUCUGAAAGCUCAAGGGCUGGUGUGAAAGCUAGUAGUGAUUGGGUAAUGGAUAGUAUGAGCAAAGGUACAGAUAGUUAUGGUGUGACUACUGGAUUUGGUGACACGUCUCAUAGAAGAACAACAAAUGGUAGUGCUCUUCAAAAAGACCUUAUUAGGUAAACUACUUUUUCCCCG